ACGGUUGCAGUUUUGGUGUUAGAAUGAACAACAAAGGCAAAUUUCCCGAUGCACCGGUUCCAGCAGGGAUCUCCGGCAACCUUCUGUCAAGUGUGGGGCCGCCUUUAGAGCUUCCAAACUUUAUAACUGCGACUACUGCUGUGCCUCAAGUGACUUCGUCAAUUCCUAGUGAUUCGGCACCAGCUGUAGAUUCAGAUUCAUUGCCUAUUCAGCCAGUCCUAGUGCAACCCACAGUGGAACAACAGUCACAAGAUAUGGAGACAUUUAGUCCUGCAAUCCCUUUAAGCAAAGGGGAGCCGAUGCUUCCAAUAAGAUCCCCUGAAGAUUCUCAGAACACACAGUCGCCUGAAUCUUUCCCAGACUCGACACCAGACAUUGAUCAAUUAGGUGAUAUAAUGCCAGGCAGUGGUUUAUUCACGUGGGUGAAGGGAGCUGUCUCUACGGGUGGUAUACUACACAGGGUCGCCGAAAAGGCCAAGAAUUCUGUUGACUCUAUGAUUACUACUUUGGAUCCGCAAAUGAAGGAGUAUCUUAAGAGCGGUGGCGACAUUUACAUCGUAGUGGCUUCAGAUAAAGACGUCAAAAUCUCACCAAUCCGCGAGGCUUUUCAGCAUGUGUUCGGAAAAGCAACCAUCGUAGGUAUCCCAGCGCAAAGUGAUGUAACUGCUGACCAGCCUGUCGGCUACGCGGCGGCGUACGCGGCAGCGAAACAACGCAUCGCGCAAUUGCGAUCGCAGCACGUAGAACUUAAUAACAACGUGCCCAUUGUUGCUGUUGAAAGUUUUCUACACGAGGCUGUUAGCGACAGGUGGUACGAUGUAGCUCUCCUUGUGUUAUCGCAGCCGUCACUGGGCAUAGAACUGCAAUUGCAGUCACAGAGCACCCCUGUACCCACAGCGGCUGUUGCCGCGGCGCAAGCGGGCACCCCCUCCGACUACUCACAUUCGCAGACUGGAUAUAGCACUACUAUUGGAUCUAUUAUGGCUGCUAGCUUACAAGUGCCCCACACGCAAUGGCAAGAAGCUUUAACGGGGGUGUCACGAAAAGAAUUGCUUGUACUAGCAGCCCGCUCGCUCGCUGGAUCAUACAAAAAGCUCCUAGCUGUAUCCGCGGCAGAGACAUAGGAAACUUAAACGAACUCAUAUGGACUACAUUCUUUGCCAAGCCACCGGACGGAAUCUUGACGACACUAAGGAUCGUAUUCCAGAACUGUAUUCAAUGCUCAAGUCAUGACUUGAGUAUGGUUUAAAGCACUGGAAAUCAUAUUCAAGUCCUUGUCAUU